AUGAACUCCUACACGCAAGGUAAGAUGAUACUCAUCCCACCUCUCUCCCGUAUCAACUCAUCCCACCUCUCUCCCGUAUCAACUCAUCCCACCUCUCUCCCGUAUCAACUCAUCCCACCUCUCUCCCGUAUCAACUCAUCCCACCUCUCUCCCAGUCAUCAGCUCAUCCCACCUCUCUCCCAGUCAUCAACUCAUCCCACCACUCUCCCAGUCAUCAACUCAUCACACCUCUCUCCCAGUCAUCAACUCAUCCCACCUCUCUCCCAGUCAUCAACUCAUCCCACCUCUCUCCCAGUCAUCAGCUCAUCCCACCUCUCUCCCAGUCAUCAGCUCAUCCCACCUCUCUCCCAGUCUCUCUCCCAGUCAUCAACUCAUCACACCUCUCUCCCAGUCAUCAACUCAUCCCACAUCUCUCCCAGUCAUCAACUCAUCUCACCUCUCUCCCAGUCAUCAGCUCAUCCCACCCCUCUCCCAGUCAUCAGCUCAUCCCACCUCUCUCCCAGUCAUCAGCUCAUCCCACCUCUCUCCCAGUCAUCAACUCAUCCCACCUCUCUCCCAGUCAUCAACUCAUCCCACCUCUCUCCCAGUCAUCAACUCAUCCCACCUCUCUCCCAGUCAUCAACUCAACCCACCUCUCUCCCAGUCAUCAGCUCAUCCCACCUCUCUCCCAGUCAUCAGCUCAUCCCACCUCUCUCCCAGUCAUCAACUCAUCCCACCUCUCUCCCAGUCAUCAGCUCAUCCCACCUCUCUCCCAGUCAUCAGCUCAUCCCACCUCUCUCCCAGUCAUCAACUCAUCCCACCUCUCUCCCAGUCAUCAGCUCAUCCCACCUCUCUCCCAGUCAUCAGCUCAUCCCACCUCUCUCCCAGUCAUCAGCUCAUCCCACCUCUCUCCCAGUCAUCAGCUCAUCCCACCUCUCUCCCAGUCAUCAGCUCAUCCCACCUCUCUCCCAGUCAUCAGCUCAUCCCACCUCUCUCCCAGUCAUCAACUCAUCCCACCUCUCUCCCAGUCAUCAACUCAUCCCACCUCUCACCAAGUCAUCAACUCAUCCCACCACUCUCCAAGUCAUCAACUCAUCCCACCUCUCUCCCAGUCAUCAGCUCAUCCCACCUCUCUCCCAGUCAUCAACUCAUCCCACCUCUCUCCCAGUCAUCAGCUCAUCCCACCUCUCUCCCAGUCAUCAGCUCAUCCCACCUCUCUCCCAGUCAUCAGCUCAUCCCACCUCUCUCCCAGUCAUCAACUCAUCCCACCUCUCUCCCAGUCAUCAGCUCAUCCCACCUCUCUCCCAGUCAUCAACUCAUCCCACCUCUCUCCCAGUCAUCAACUCAUCCCACCUCUCUCCCAGUCAUCAACUCAUCCCACCUCUCUCCCAGUCAUCAACUCAACCCACCUCUCUCCCAGUCAUCAGCUCAUCCCACCUCUCUCCCAGUCAUCAGCUCAUCCCACCUCUCUCCCAGUCAUCAACUCAUCCCACCUCUCUCCCAGUCAUCAACUCAUCCCACCUCUCUCCCAGUCAUCAGCUCAUCCCACCUCUCUCCCAGUCAUCAACUCAACCCACCUCUCUCCCAGUCAUCAACUCAUCCCACCUCUCUCCUAGUCAUCAGCUCAUCCCACCUCUCUCCCAGUCAUCAGCUCAUCCCACCUCUCUCCCAGUCAUCAGCUCAUCCCACCUCUCUCCCAGUCAUCAACUCAUCCCACCUCUCUCCCAGUCAUCAACUCAUCACACCUAUCUCCCAGUCAUCAACUCAUCCCACCUCUCUCCCAGUCAUCAACUCAUCCCACCUCUCUCCCAGUCAUCAGCUCAUCCCACCUCUCUCCCAGUCAUCAGCUCAUCCCACCUCUCUCCCAGUCAUCAGCUCAUCCCACCUCUCUCCCAGUCAUCAGCUCAUCCCACCUCUCUCCCAGUCAUCAGCUCAUCCCACCUCUCUCCCAGUCAUCAACUCAUCCCACCUCUCUCCCAGUCAUCAACUCAUCCCACCUCUCACCAAGUCAUCAACUCAUCCCACCUCUCUCCAAGUCAUCAACUCAUCCCACCUCUCUCCCAGUCAUCAGCUCAUCCCACCUCUCUCCCAGUCAUCAACUCAUCCCACCUCUCUCCCAGUCAUCAGCUCAUCCCACCUCUCUCCCAGUCAUCAGCUCAUCCCACCUCUCUCCCAGUCUCUCUCCCAGUCAUCAACUCAUCACACCUCUCUCCCAGUCAUCAACUCAUCACACCUCUCUCCCAGUCUCUCUCCCAGUCAUCAACUCAUCCCACCUCUCUCCCAGUCAUCAGCUCAUCCCACCUCUCUCCCAGUCAUCAACUCAACCCACCUCUCUCCCAGUCAUCAACUCAUCCCACCUCUCUCCUAGUCAUCAGCUCAUCCCACCUCUCUCCCAGUCAUCAGCUCAUCCCACCUCUCUCCCAGUCAUCAGCUCAUCCCACCUCUCUCCCAGUCAUCAACUCAUCCCACCUCUCUCCCAGUCAUCAACUCAUCACACCUAUCUCCCAGUCAUCAACUCAUCCCACCUCUCUCCCAGUCAUCAACUCAUCCCACCUCUCUCCCAGUCAUCAGCUCAUCCCACCUCUCUCCCAGUCAUCAGCUCAUCCCACCUCUCUCCCAGUCAUCAGCUCAUCCCACCUCUCUCCCAGUCAUCAGCUCAUCCCACCUCUCUCCCAGUCAUCAGCUCAUCCCACCUCUCUCCCAGUCAUCAACUCAUCCCACCUCUCUCCCAGUCAUCAACUCAUCCCACCUCUCACCAAGUCAUCAACUCAUCCCACCUCUCUCCAAGUCAUCAACUCAUCCCACCUCUCUCCCAGUCAUCAGCUCAUCCCACCUCUCUCCCAGUCAUCAACUCAUCCCACCUCUCUCCCAGUCAUCAGCUCAUCCCACCUCUCUCCCAGUCAUCAGCUCAUCCCACCUCUCUCCCAGUCUCUCUCCCAGUCAUCAACUCAUCACACCUCUCUCCCAGUCAUCAACUCAUCACACCUCUCUCCCAGUCUCUCUCCCAGUCAUCAACUCAUCCCACCUCUCUCCCAGUCAUCAACUCAUCCCACCUCUCUCCCAGUCAUCAGCUCAUCCCACCUCUCUCCCAGUCAUCAGCUCAUCCCACCUCUCUCCCAGUCAUCAGCUCAUCCCACCUCUCUCCCAGUCAUCAACUCAUCCCACAUCUCUCCCAGUCAUCAACUCAUCACACCUCUCUCCCAGUCAUCAACUCAUCCCACCUCUCUCCCAGUCAUCAACUCAUCCCACCUCUCUCCCAGUCAUCAACUCAUCCCACCUCUCUCCCAGUCAUCAGCUCAUCCCACCUCUCUCCCAGUCAUCAGCUCAUCCCACCUCUCUCCCAGUCAUCAGCUCAUCACACCUCUCUCCCAGUCAUCAACUCAUCCCACCUCUCUCCCAGUCAUCAACUCAUCUCACCUCUCUCCCAGUCAUCAGCUCAUCCCACCUCUCUCCCAGUCAUCAGCUGAUCCCACCUCUCUCCCAGUCAUCAGCUCAUCCCACCUCUCUCCCAGUCAUCAACUCAUCCCACCUCUCUCCCAGUCAUCAACUCAUCCCACCUCUCUCCCAGUCAUCAACUCAUCCCACCUCUCUCCUAGUCAUCAACUCAACCCACCUCUCUCCCAGUCAUCAGCUCAUCCCACCUCUCUCCCAGUCAUCAGCUCAUCCCACCUCUCUCCCAGUCAUCAACUCAUCCCACCUCUCUCCCAGUCAUCAGCUCAUCCCACCUCUCUCCCAGUCAUCAGCUCAUCCCACCUCUCUCCCAGUCAUCAACUCAUCCCACCUCUCUCCCAGUCAUCAACUCAUCCCACCUCUCUCCCAGUCAUCAACUCAUCCCACCUCUCACCAAGUCAUCAACUCAUCCCACCUCUCUCCAAGUCAUCAACUCAUCCCACCUCUCUCCCAGUCAUCAGCUCAUCCCACCUCUCUCCCAGUCAUCAACUGAUCCCACCUCUCUCCCAGUCAUCAGCUCAUCCCACCUCUCUCCCAGUCAUCAGCUCAUCCCACCUCUCUCCCAGUCAUCAGCUCAUCCCACCUCUCUCCCAGUCAUCAGCUCAUCCCACCUCUCUCCCAGUCAUCAGCUCAUCCCACCUCUCUCCCAGUCAUCAACUCAUCCCACCUCUCUCCCAGUCAUCAACUCAUCCCACCUCUCACCAAGUCAUCAACUCAUCCCACCUCUCUCCAAGUCAUCAACUCAUCCCACCUCUCUCCCAGUCAUCAGCUCAUCCCACCUCUCUCCCAGUCAUCGACUCAUCCCACCUCUCACCAAGUCAUCAACUCAUCCCACCUCUCUCCCAGUCAUCAACUCAUCCCACCUCUCUCCCAGCAGACAAGGCAAGCAAGGCAGCCAAGGCAAGCAAGGCAAGCAAGCCAGCCAAGGCAAGCAAGCCAGCCAAGGCAAGCAAGGCAAGCAAGCCAGCCAAGGCAAGCAAGGCAAGCAAGGCAGCCAAGGCAAGCAAGGAAGGCAAGGCAGCCAAGGCAAGCAAGGCAGCCAAGGCAGCCAAGGCAAGCAAGGCAGCCAAGGCAGCCAAGGCAGACAAGGCAGACAAGGCAGACAAGGCAGACAAGGCAGACAAGGCAGACAAGGCAAGCAAGGCAGCCAAGGCAGACAAGGCAAGCAAGGCAGCCAAGGCAGACAAGGCAGACAAGGCAGACAAGGCAAGCAAGGCAGCCAAGGCAGACAAGGCAAGCAAGGCAGCCAAGGCAGACAAGGCAAGCAAGGCAGACAAGGCAGACAAGGCAAGCAAGGCAGCCAAGGCAGACAAGGCAAGCAAGGCAGCCAAGGCAGACAAGGCAAGCAAGGCAGCCAAGGCAGACAAGGCAAGCAAGGCAGCCAAGGCAGACAAGGCAGCCAAGGCAGGCAAGGCAGACAAGGCAGUGUUUCUGUGCCAACCCCGCCACCCUACGGCCGCAUCAGCUGCCGUAGUUGAUGAGUUUAUCGGAGCGCCUCCUACGGUCACGUUUCUUGCAGGCACGUCCGACAAUGUGAAGUGA